AUGAUGUUGGAUGUGAGCCCUACGUAGCUGGUCUAAAGAUUUGAUGAAAUGCUGCUAUUAUGAUUCUGAAAUCCUUGACGGCUGAGAGGAUAGAUUAUCCGAUCUGUCCCGGUACCUAACCCUGCGUACCCUGCUAUUUCUUUCUUACCAUCCACUCUUUCUGAAAAACGUAAGUUUAGGAAGGAGGACCGUAUCAGAGGGGUAGAGUCAGAGUGCAGAAAUGGGUAACAAACAAACCAUUUUUACUCCUGAGCAGCUUGAUGCAUACCAGGAUUGUACUUUCUUUACAAGAAAAGAAAUACUAAGGCUAUUUUACAGAUAUCAAGAUCUUGCUCCUCAACUGGUCCCCCUGGAUUACACCGACCAACCAGAGGUGAAGCUCCCCUAUGAACUUAUCAGGAGCAUGCCAGAGCUGAAGGAUAACCCAUUCCGGCAGAGGAUAGCCGAGGUCUUCUCUGAGGACGGAGACGGCAGCAUGACCUUGAAUGACUUUCUGGAUAUGUUCUCGGUGAUGAGUGAAAUGGCUCCCAGGGAUCUCAAGGCUUAUUAUGCCUUUAAAAUCUAUGAUUUUAACAACGACGAUUACAUCUGCAAAUCCGAUCUGGAGAAAACAGUGAACAAACUAACCCGGAAUGAACUGACUCCCGAGGAGGUCUGUCUUGUGUGUGAAAAGGUGAUCGAUGAAGCCGACGUAGAUAACGACGGCAAACUCUCUUUGGAAGACUUUCGGCAGAUGAUUGUGCGAGCCCCUGACUUCCUUAGUACCUUCCACAUCCGAAUCUGAAUUCUCAACGAAAGGCGGAGAGACGGGACCGUCGUUCGGAGCCCGCGAUCUGUGAUGCGUCACUGGGUUCUGCUUCCGAAACUACCCCGAAAUGCAGGGGCCGGUACCCGAAACCGAGAGGAAGAGCAGAGCCAGACUUUUUUUCAGACAGUAGGUGGAACUCCCAGUGACCUCAGUUGAGGAAAGAGAUCAUCCGAACCUUCUAACUGUCCAAGAUGGAGUUUUAUCAUCCAUCGCACCGGUGCUGAAAAGAGGGGUGGCGAUAAGGCCCGAUAAAGCAGAACUCGCAUUUUCAGAAGGUUCCAGAGUCGUUCCAGUCCUGCCCGUCUUCUAGACUGUAAACCCAUCGCGGGCAGGAUUGUCACUC